AUGGGCGCCGAUCAAGUGCCCCAUGCCGAGCCGACCACCGCCAAACGCGCCGCAGAGCAGUUCGAUCAAGAGUUUCAGCGCUAUACGACCAAGCAGACUGGCAAAAGUGCGCGUGCAGUGGCUAUGGCCCGUGGCGAACUGGCCAAGUACAAUGCACUGGUGUUCCAGGACAAGAAGCUGGAAGAAGCUGGUGUAAAGAAAGGGAGGCUGACACUGGAAGUGCGUGCGUCGUAUGAGAAACGGAUCAAGGAACUUGAAGAGGCUCUCGACUCGUUCCAUCUCUCGGUGGCGGGGUACAACAAGACGAAGGCCAUCUUGUCCUUCGUGCUGCUCGUGGUGUUUGCACUGAUUAUGUUCUUCCAGCCAUGGGCCAAGCACUUUGAAGACCCCAAGGACCUCACGUACGAUGAGUACGCGACGUUGGAGGAGGAACCGAUACAGACAAUGGAAGAGACGGCAGAAGUCAGCGACGAGCUGUAG